AGGUGACAUGGUAAUUAUGGGUCUUGAGAGAGAUGAGCUGAUGACAUUCCUUCCUUAUAACUACUUCUUAGGGCCUCAUUCCAAAUGGAUGCUUAUCAAAGGACCGGCCAGGCUCUGCAGUGACACUGCUGCUGCUGCUUCAUCGCAGGGGAACUGGCUGGAAAGUGUGAGACUGUAAAGGUCUAGUGAGCGUCUGUGUGCUUCCAGUGACAGGUUCUCAUCUUCCUGAGAUUCCAGAAGACUUGUUAAUGUUGCUGACAGUGGACAGUAAACCAGUGAAUACCGUGUAUCUUGUCACCUGAAAGUCUCACAAUCACUCCAUGUUCUCUCUGAGCAGUCACUCUGCAUUUAAGUCAUUGCUCACUAAAUAUGAUAUUUGAAAUAAAUUUCCACAACCCUUUGUGUUGGGAUUUGUUGCCCUUUUGAGGAAGAUACCUGGUCAGUCGUCCUCAUCAACUUAGACCAUGAAGCCCAAUAUGGACAAGGUCAACAGAACCACCACGUAUGGGCUGCUCAUGCAUGCUUCAGCAUUGCCAGAGCAUAAAUAUCCUUUUUUUAUUUCAUGUUCUUAAGGUGAAUACAAUUUCUACCAAUGUCCUCAUUAAGGAUUGUCCUUAAUUUCCAAGUUGAAUUUGGGGUCCUGACCAAUUUGUUUCUCCUUGUUUUCUAUACUUUCACAAUUCUAAGCUACAGACCUAAGCCCACAGACAUGAUCUCCUGUCAACUGACCUUCAUCCACAUAGUGCUGCUCCUCACUGGAAUGGAUAUUUGGCUUAGAGACAUAUUUGGGUCAUUAAACAUUGAUAAUGACUUCAAAUGUAAGACAACUUUUUACAUAACCAGGGUGAUGAGAGGCCUCUCCAUGUGCAUCACCUGCCUCCUGAGUGUGUUCCAGGCUGUCACUAUCAGUCCCAGUUCCUCUUUGUUGGCAAGAUUUAAAUAUAAACUAAAACACGACCUGAUUUAUGCUUUCUUAUUUAUUUGGUCUUUCAACUUGUUAUUCAAUAGCACCCGAAUCUUCUAUGCUGGUGCUUUUACCAACGUGAGUGAGACCAACCAGAUGAAGGUCACUAAAUUCUGUUCACUCUUUCCCAUGAACUACAUCAUCAGGGCACUGAUUUUAACAGUGGCAAUCUCCAUAGAUUUAUUUCUUGUAGGAGUCAUGUUGGCCAGUAGUGUAUACAUAGUGAUCAUCUUGUUCAGACAUCAGAGGCAACUCAAGCAUCUUCACAGCCACAGCCACCUGAGAACAUCCCCUGAGAAAAGGGCCACCCAGACCAUUUUGCUGCUGGUGGUUUUCUUUGUGGUCAUGUACUGGGUGGACUUCAUCAUCUCAUCCACCGCAGUCCUGUUAUGGAUGUACGGCCCAGUCACCCUGAGUGUUCAGCAGUUUGUGAUGAAUGUCUAUCCCACAAUUACUCCUUUGGUACAAAUCAGUUCUGAUAGCAGAAUAAUCAAUAUGGUGAAACACAUGCAGUCUAUGUGCCAUCAGAUUUUUAAAAAGAGAUAAUUUUUCUCAUUUUUCAUAAAAUGAUUUAUUAAUUGUUUUUAUAUUCAUGAAUAUUGUGUCAGCUUGUAUGUAUCUGUUAAUUCCUGGUGCCCACAAUGUCAGAAGAGGCCAUUGUCUCCCCCUCCUGAGCAGGACAGACAGAUGUUUGUGAGGCGACAUUCUGAUGCAGCCACAACUAAUUUUUCCAGAGACAUAUUCUUCUUAAAGUCUGUAAUAG